AGACUGUAUAUAAAAGAAGAAGCCGUUCUUCCACAGAGCAGGAUAACCAGCCCACCAACAUGCCGCUGUUCAUCGAGGACAAACAAGUUGGCCCAGUCAAUUCGAUAGAGGACCUAUACCUCAAACAUCCAAGUCUACAGGAAAGCGCCAGAGCGUUUCGCUCUAAGCCAGUUGUUUCUGUCGAUCCAAAGAGCCUCCUGUUCGUUCAACAAAGGGAGGUUGGUGCAACGACUCCAGAAGACAAACAUGUUUCGGUCAUCGGAACAGAAGAUGCGACCACCUGUCAUAUGGUCGUGCUGCGACACACUGGAACUGGAGCUGUUGCUUUGGCUCACUGUGACGGUUUCAACACCCCCCGUCAAGUCUCACUGAUUGUGAAAGCAGUCACAUCACUCAGUGGUCACUUCCAUGAGGGCAGACUCGAGCUCCAUGUGGUUGGAGGAUUCGAGGACGCCUCAAAACUAUCAGAAAAAAUCAGCCAUGACCUUCUGACGAUGUUCCAGAACCAGGACUUGAACAUCUAUCUGGAAACAUGCUGCACCACAGAAAUGAAUGACGUUCUUGUUGACGGAAUUCAUAAACCCAUAAUAUAUGGAAUAGGUGUCAAAGUUGAAACUGGUGAAGUGUUCCCCGCAUCCUUCACUUUCAAAGGUCCUGCAGAGAACCUGCGAUCAGCACGAACCUUCACUAAGGGAGAGAUGGUUGAAAUCUAUGAACCAAACCAGGGGAUUGUUAAAGUCGGCCCAUGCUCCUGGCCACCACAGCCAGACCUGAUCAAAUGGAUGACAAUGACCGACAAAGAAAUAUUAGAGGCUCUCUCCACGUCUCCCAAGGCUGAACCCUCGGACUUCGUCAGAAGCAUUAAGGCCACCAUGUGGUUCAUUCUUGACCAUCCCAACCCUGACAGUCUGUUCCCGGGGGACCAACCACAGCGCUACCGCAAGACGGACUGCGGGGACUGGGACCGGAUCGUCCAGCCAUGAAGUCCCUCACUCAGCCUCAACAUGCUUUCUAACUGUAGGUUUCUCCUCCACUGUGGGGAUACAAAAUCUGCAGGCUACACUUUCUGCUUUGGUGUGAUGAUCUGAGGUUACUGUUCACAUUUUGCUGACUUGUGUGGGACUCAAGUGGAGCUUUUCAUUCAGAUUCAGCCUUUUUUUCUCCUUUAAACUGCAGAAAAAGAUUACAGUGCAGAGUAAAGAUAAUAUCGACCUUCAAUUCUCAGUUACUUUCGAACAAGCUUUUCAACAAUUGAUUUAAAAAAAUCCUUACUGCACAUUUCAUAUACUGAUUUUAUCCCCAAAAAAGUAACACAAAUAUAGAACUAUGGACACUUUAAUGUGAACAUAAUUCUCUGUGGUGAAGUUUUUUCUACUUGUCUGUAAAGCACCUUCCUGGUGACAGUGCAUUAUCCUGUUUUUCUCACGGAGCUGAAUUCCUCUGAAUUUGUGUCUUUUUUCUGCAUGUGUAUUGUGAUUUUUUUGCAACAAACUGCAUGAACUUAACAGUGAGACAACUUACUAAUUUGGUGAUUUUGAAAUGCUGCGGGGAACAUAAAGGAUUUUUUCAUGAGUUGCUGUUACUUGAGACUUUUAACAUUCAUUGUAACUAGUGAAUAUAGUUUACCUGUUACAAAAUAAAUGUAAACUCUCAGAUCAGUUUUGAAAUGCUUGUAUUGACUGAUUGAAUGAGAUUAAAAAAACACCAGAAGACUGAA